GCCGAGCGCGGCUUGAAGCGCAGGACAGGGGGGGCCCGGGUCGCCCUCCCGGGGCAGCCCCGCGCUAGCUGUGAAGCGCCCGGCCCCAUCCCACCCCUGCGCUCUCUAUGUGAGGCUCCCGGAUGGCGAUAGACCGGCGACGCGAAGCGGCUGGCGGAGGCCGGCAGCUGCCGGAGGAGAACGGGUCCCUGCCGGCCGGGGAGGUGGGCUCGGCGGCGGCUGCAGCAGCGACGCUGGCGGUGGCUCCCCCCGCACCCGCGGAGAUCCAGACGCUGCCGCCGCCCGCCGCCGGCUCCACCAGCCCGCUGCUGCUGGACUACGAUGGCUCGGUGCUGCCUCUGCUCGGCGGGCUGGGCGGCGGGUACCAGAGGACCCUGGUGCUGCUCACGUGGAUCCCGGCCCUUUUCAUCGGCUUCAGCCAGUUCUCGGACUCCUUCCUGCUGGACCAGCCCGACUUCUGGUGCCGGGAGGCGGACGGGCAGGGCAACGGGACGGGCCACUUGACCCGGGGCCCCGCUAACCACAGCCAGAGCAGCGGCGCCGGGAUGCUGGGGACUCCGGCGCUGCCCACCCUGCCGCCGGGAGACAACGCCAGCCAGUGCCACUGCCACGAGUGGCAGUACCGGAUCCGGGCCGGCCUCGUCCAGAACGUCGUGAGCAAGUGGGAUCUUGUUUGUGAAUCUUCCUGGAAAGUCCAUAUUGCUAAAUUCUCCCUACUGGUAGGCUUAAUCUUUGGCUACUUGAUUACAGGAUGUAUAGCUGACUGGGUUGGUCGACGGCCAGUGCUACUCUUCUCGGUUAUAUUCAUUCUUAUAUUUGGACUGACUGUGGCUCUCUCAGUAAAUGUGACAAUGUUCAGCACGCUCAGGUUUUUUGAAGGGUUUUGCCUGGCUGGAAUAAUCCUCUCGCUGUAUGCACUGAGAAUAGAACUCUGUCCUCCUGGGCACCGCUUCAUGGUCACCAUGGUGGCAAGCUUCAUUGCAAUGGCAGGACAGUUCCUCAUGCCAGGGCUGGCUGCCCUCUGCAGGGACUGGCAGGUUCUCCAGGCGGUCAUCAUCUGCCCUUUCCUACUGAUGUUGCUUUACUGGGUUAUUUUCCCGGAGUCCCUUCGGUGGCUGAUGGCUACACAACAAUUUGAGGCAUCCAAGAAACUUAUUCUUCACUUCACUAACAAGAACGAGAUGAACAUUGAAAGUGAUAUCAAAGGCGUGAUGCCCGGACCCUUGCCUCACUCAGUGCACAGGAUGGACGAUGCUCCCGGAAUGAAGCUGUUGUCUGUAGGAUCCCUACCUCAUUUGUUGCAGAAGUUGGAAGAGCUGGAGAAGGAGCUUACCAGGAGGCCCAAGAAGGUCUGCAUUGUUAAAGUAGUGGGAACCAGGAACCUGUGGAAAAACAUUGUAGUAUUGUGUGUGAACUCGCUGACCGGAUUUGGGAUACAUCACUGCUUUGCAAAAAGCAUGAUGGGUCAUGAAGCAAAGAUGACGAUCACCCACAAUUUCUAUGCAGACUACUAUACCAUGGCAGGGAUUGCUCUGGCAUCCUGCCUGGCUAUGUGCCCCGUCGUUGGGUUUCUAGGGCGAAGAGGAGGACUGCUGCUGUUCAUGAUUCUGACAGCUCUGGCAUCGCUUCUACAGUUAGGCCUUCUCAACUUGAUUGGAAAAUACAGUCAACUUCCAGACUCAGGUAUGAGUGACAGCGUCAAGGACAAAUUCUCUACUGCAUUUUCCAUUGUGGGUAUGUUUUCAUCGCAUGCUGUUGGAAGUCUUAGUGUUUUCUUCUGUGCUGAAAUCACACCAACAGUAAUAAGGGGAGGUGGACUUGGACUUGUCCUGGCCAGUGCAGGCUUUGGUAUGCUGACUGCACCUAUAAUGGAGCUUCAUAACCAGAAAGGCUACUUUCUGCACCAUGUGAUCUUUGCCUGCUGUACGCUCAUUUGCAUCAUCUGUAUUCUUCUCUUGCCGGAGAGUAAGAACCAAAACCUGCCUGAGAACAUCCCAGACGGCGAACACUACACCAGGAAGCCCCUCUUGCCACACAAGAAAGGGGAGCAGCCCCUGCUUCUGACAAACUCUGAACUCAAGGAUUACUCUGGCCUCCACGAUUCAUCAGCUGUGGGCGACGGGGUGUCCGAGAAUACCACUGCCAAUGGGAUGUAACUGGGCAGACUUUGGGUGG